AUGCCUACCAAUCGCGCUGCUUACCAACCUGGCCAAAAGGCCUUUUCUCUCGAAGUUAGAGAAGCGCCGUAUCCCUCUGCAGAGGCCGAUAAAAUUGUGGUGAAAAACGGCGCCGUUGCCAUCAACCCAAUCGACUGGCUCAUCCAGUCCCGAGGUGAUAUAAUGUUCACCCAUCUUGCCUACCCAUUUGUCCUUGGCUCGGACGUGGCUGGAGAAGUGGUUGAGGUUGGUAAGAAUGUGACUCGCUUCAAAGUCGGAGACCGUGUGCUUGGUUUCACUCGUGGAAGUGAUGCAAAAAUAAAUGACCCUGCAGAGGGUGGCUUUCAGCUAUAUACCGUGUUGCGUCCUAACAUGGUCUCGCAUAUUCCGGACGAACUGCCUUAUGAGUCUGCCGCCGCUGUUCCUCUUGGACUUGCUACUGCCGCUGCAGGUCUUUUUGAAGAGACCGAAUUGGCCCUCGACUUACCUUCCGAGCCGGCCAAACCAUUUAAUGGAAAGACACUCAUUAUUUGGGGAGGCUCUACUAGUGUCGGGGUCAAUGCGAUUCAGCUAAGUGUUGCUGCCGGAUAUGAGGUAUUCACUACAGCCUCGCCCAAGAACCACAAGUACCUCAAAUCAUUAGGUGCUAGUGAAAUAUUCGAUUACAAAAGCCCUACCGUUGUCGCCGACAUGGCUCGAGCUCUAAAAGGGAAAUCUACCGCAGGUGCUCUAUCCAUUGGCCAAGGUGCUGCUGAGAAAUGCAUGGAAGUCUUGAACAAUUCAAGCGGUAACAAGUUUAUCGCCAUGGCUUCUUUCCCUGUUCCUCAGAAAGAGCCCCAGAUCCUGGUUUUCUUCCGCACUGUUGUCUUUUUCGUCUCCUGGAUGAUCUCUUUCAAAGUAAAGGGGUUCUUCAAGGACAUCAAGUCUAACUUGCUCAAUGCUGGUAUGAUCACUAACAGUAAUGUAUGCAAGGCCAUAUUCGUUGAUUAUCUUCCAAAGGCUCUCACUGCAGGCACUUUUACGCCUGCACCAAAGGCUGAGGUUGUCGGACAUGGUCUUGAACACAUUCAAGAUGGUUUUGACGCCCAGAAGAAGGGUGUUUCUGCAAGUAAGAUUGUUGUCACUUUAUAA